AUGGAAUUCAACAGGCUCGAGGUCGACGUGAGGCGUAAGCGGAGCGGCGCCUUACAGGAGGUUCGCUCCUGGCUCAUGCUGGGUGCACAGUUCAGCAAGCUCCCUUCGCAUGCCCUGCACCACGACUUCGAGUCAGCGGUCUAUUGGUUCUUGUUCGUUCUGGACGAGUUCGUCGGCAACUGCUUCUCUGCCGACUUAUGGAUAGACCUGGACCUUCGCCCCCGUGGCCGCGAUCGACGGCGGCGUCCGGUGUUUCCGAUGGAUCUCGCCCGCACGGAGCUAUGGGGGAACGGCGAGUACCCCAAGUUGCACAAACUGUUCCUUAAAGAUUUUGAAAAGCUCGGCUCGGAGAUGCACGGCUUUGUGGAGCGUAUGAUGUGUACCCUUCCGAUCAAUCUUGGUUCUCCAGGGGCAAGCGAGGCCGAGGUCGCGGUCGCAAACAAGCAAAAGAUGGCGGCCGUCCAGGCGGAAUUGCGGAAAAUACUGGAAGUGGUGUCUCGUCAUAAAGGAGGAUUCCGCCACUUCCAACGGACUUUGCGCGCGUAA